AUGGCUUGUUUCAAAUACAAGGGAAUCAUUUUUGCUCAACAGUUUAACUCAGUGGAAAAACUCAGCUAUUUGGAAAAUGACUUUCAACUGUUGGAUGAUGAUAUAGUGAACGUGACUUACCCCAAGUCAGGUCAGUGUUGCAAUUAAGUAAAUAGACUUUGGAUUUAAACUUAAAGUAUCCAGUAAACCUGCCAGGUAUAAGUUUGCUUUUGACAUAAGUCAUGAACAACCACCAAGUAGCUGCAUAGUCCUAAACUUUGGCUUAAUCCCUGGAAACCCAUGAAAAAUGAAUGAGUUUAGUUUUUCGGAUGUUGCGAUAUAUAAGACCUUCUUCAACCAGGUAUCAAGGGGAAAAGUCAAGUUAGUUCUCCAUCAAUGGGUAACGAUUAGUCAAGGAGCAAUAAACAAAUAAAUUAUAAGAAAUUUACAAAUAAGGAAGGUGGACAGCAAACAAGUUGAAUAUCUGAAUAGACCUGUCCACCACAUGUGAAAGUUACAUGUUUUUCACUUUUUGAAGUGAAACACAGACAUUCUCUGAAUUUAGCAAUGCACUUCUUUAGCUAAGUAAUGUGUACAAAAAUGCAUAUACUAGAAUAGUGUGCAUAAAAUACGGUACAUACUUUAGGGGGGGUGAAUAAAAAUUUAUUAUAGUAAGGGAAAAUGCUUUGUAGAAAUGUGCAAGAAAAUUCACAAACUGACAUGGAAAUAUGGAGAAUUAAAUGUAAGAUUGCAAAAAGGAGAAAUCAAAAUAAACGUAUUACACCAUCCCUAGCCACUGUUGAUGUUCACAGAAAGAAGUGAAAGAACACUUGAAAUUCAUGGGGAUGUCCGGAAACCUUGCAAAAAAAUAACAGAGAUUUUCAAAUCUUUCUUUCUUUCUGUUAUGGCAUGCUUCUGUCAUGUCACUAGGAACGCUUUUGGUGCUGGAUAUGGGCGAUGUGGGUGAUUUCCUUGCAUGGGGUGCCAAGCCGAGGGGUGCAUAAUCACAAUCAGAAUCAUAAUGAAACCUAUAUUUAUUUGGUUACCUACUGAGAAGAUUUAUUAAAAAAGCAACUGUACCUAAAUGUAUUAUUGUGAAAAUGUUUUUUUGGGUGGAGGGGAAUUUUUGUCCUUGCUCAGGACACCAUAUUACCAAAGUCUAUCUCUGAUGCUGUGUCAGGAUAACCAUAUCUAAAUGUUGGUUGUAUAUAGACAAAUAUGCCAUCUGUCUGUUAUAGUCCUCAUAAUUAACACCCACCUAACUUAAUGAUUGAAUUAAAGCAACUUGGAUUGACAAGGGCACAGUAAGGUCACAUUUCACCAGGAUAAAAAUCCUGUGAAAACCCACAACACAGGAGCUAAAUCCUAGGGCUAGGAAGUCUAUAGAAAAGCUACCUAGACAGGACAAUUCAGGGAACCACAGUAAACUAGACUAAGAACCGCACAAGAAAACAGAAAUCUAGCAAGCAGGAAAGUCAAUGGGUAACUAAAUUAAAAGAAGCAAAUUAUCAAAACCAGCAGGGGUGUGGGGGUUUGCAUUGUUUUGCACCCUCUGCCAAUUGUAUGACUAUCUCCCCAUGGCACAGAAGUCAUGUGUAUGUCAGAGGUGCCAUGAGAUUCUGGUUCGCUGGGAACAAGUUCCUUCCCUUGAGGCCAAGGUGGCAGAACUAGAAAGAGUAGGAGGCAGAGAAAGUGGUGGAUGAGGCCUUCAGGGAUGUGGUAGCUGGGUGACCUUCCCACAAUGACAGCUCUCCUGCCGUCAGGAAGAAGGUAGGUCCUGAGAAAGGAGAACAUCACUUUGAAGAAGAGGGAGGCAUUCCCUUAGAAAGGACCCAUUUCUUGGGAGUUGGUAUUGGGACCUGUGCUUUUAAUUUGUUCAUAAAUGAUCAAGUAGUGAGGUGGCCAGGUUUGCUGACACUAAAAAUACAUGGUCAGCAAAAUGGCAAAGGCAAGUCAAUGUAAACAAGUGUAAAGUGAUGCAUGAUGGAGCACAUAAGAGGAGGAGACAGAUUCAUGGAGCAGGGUAUUAGUGGCUACUAGCCAUGAUGGCUGUGCUCUGCCUCCACAGUUGAGGCAGUAAUGCUACCAAAUACUACUGUCUGGUAACCACAGGAGGGGGAAUGCUCUUGAGCUCAUGUUCUGCUCUCUGGUUUCCCACAGGCUUUUGGGAGAAACAGGGAGCUGGACAGGAUAGGCCAUUGGCCUGAUCAAGCAGAUUUGAGUCUGUUGUCAUCUGCGCAACAACCAGCUAAAUAAUAUAGUCAACUUCACAACAGUAUACCAUCCCUGAUGUGGGGAAUCUUGCCGCAUAGGAGGAUGCUGAAUAGCUAGCAGGGGACAAAGAUCCAUUCGAUUGUUUAAGUUUCUCCAUUUGAUUUAGCAAGGGCCAGACAUUAAUGUACAAGUGGUUUUAUAGAAGAAGCCUCUGACUGGUGGAUUUUCUCCUAGGUACUCAUUGGAUGUCAGAGAUCUUGAGCUUAAUCCGGAGUCAAGGGGACCCCACAUGGGUUCAGAAUGUACCACUGACAGAAAGGGCACCCUGCAUUGAGUAUGCCGAUCAUUUGCAGAUUGCCUUGAAAAAUCCUUCCCCCAGGAUCCUGACUACUCACCUGCCAUUCCAGCUUUUCCCCAAGUCCUUCCUCCACUCCAAGGCCAAGGUGAGAGAGGAACGACAGACACAUCAAGCCUGUCUUUGGCUUCUGUGUUUCUGACACACAGAUGUGUGGGAUAUUGGAGCACAAACACUUGGCACAGCUCAUUUUUAGGAGGAUACCAUAUUUUGUACUAGAGGAUAGGGAGGAAUAUCAGAAAUCUCCUUAGCAGUUUCAUGAUUGCUCGAGAAAUUGAACUGGCCAUGGUCCACAUGCAUGCUCAGCCCAGGUCCUCACUGCAGGCUUCUCCUGUUUCCAAGUCAGGCUUUAUUUAUUGUGCUUUCAGUUUGCUGCCACACUCUGCCUAAUGUUAGGGUAGGGCUGCUUGGGCUCUCCCUAAAUGUGGCCCUGUCUUUGUAACAGGUAGUUUAUACUCUGCGUGACCCCAGAGAUGCCAUGGUUUCAGUCUACCACUUCAUCAAAGGCUUUAAAGAAUUGAAGGACCUUGGAACUAUGGAAGAGUUUAUGGAGAGUUUCCUGAGUGGGGAAGGUAUGGAAGGUGGCAAAUCAGCCACUCUUGUUUGCUGUGACCCAGCACCAGUGAUGUCUACCACCAGAAAGUAUUUAUUUUUACGUAACUCUAAAAGUCUCCUGUUACUGAUUUUGUUUGGUGUUUCCUCUACGUCUACAAUAGCAUUCUCUUCUCCCCCCCCCCCCAAUAACUCCUUACAUUUCACCCUUGCUUCCCCUUUGCUCUUCCAGUGGCUUAUGGUUCUUGGUUUGACCAUGUGAAAGGCUGGGUGGAGAUGAAGGAGAGAGCCAACAUCUUCUUCAACACCUAUGAAGAACUACGGCAGGUAAAGGUCCAAUUUUAACUGUGUUGACCUGCAGCCCCAAUUCUGACAUUAUUCACACAUGAAGCUGCCUUCUUUUUUGAAAGAUUCUAGUAAUAUCGGCUAGAAAGGGAUUCUGAGUAUGUGCAAAAUUCGGUGCUACCUCUACAUACACUGCAUAUCAUGGGCAGAGUACAUUUCCUUUCUUCUACUUUAGAGCAGAUGUGCCAAUAACCUGCUUUUCUGCCUCAAAGGUAAUGUCUCCUGCUAACUCAGGUGCCCCCUGGGUGUGGUGCUGGCUGAGGGGAGGUGGAGACAGAGUGGCUUCUGCAAGGUGACAACAGCAAAUUCCACAUCCUGAAGACAUUCAUUUUGCCCAAGGCACAUUGCAUACUGGUACUCAUGCUCUCUGUGUGCCACCUGAUCAAGGGCAAGCUCUCUACAUCACAUGAGGAUUCACAGCCAUUUGAUUUUGCUUUCUGCAGGACCUUCGAGGCAGCGUGCAGAAGAUCUGUCAUUUUCUUGGCAAGGAGCUGAACAGCCAACAAAUUGAGUCUGUGGUGGAAAACGCCUCCUUCCACAAGAUGAAGGACAACAAGAUGUCCAACUUUUCCUUAACACCAGACAACAUUUUUGACCAUACAAAAGCCACACUCUUGAGGAAAGGUAAAAACAUUGGUUGCCAAGGAAUAAAGCCAUAAUGCUCAUGCUAGGGGUGAAGAACCUCUUCUUUUUCUGUGGAUGUUUGAUGCCACACAGAAAAAAUCUAUCAGCAACCAGUCAAUAGAGCAUAGAGUCAGAGCUGACUGUCAACACAGUUUGCAGGUGCAGAAGGGGGUACAGUUCGCAGGAUUGUAUAUCUUCCUCUCUGUACAACAUCCCAUCUAAGUCUAUCUAUUUCAUGGGUAUCCAGAUCAAAAUAAGAAAUUAUUCUGAAAGAGGCAGUCUGGAGAACAAGGAUGUAUCUGCACAAUUUUGGGACCUGGAUAAUGCUGGGGACUCCCUGAAAACAGGUUGCAGAUUCUCCAGGCCAUUAAGACACAUCAGUAACAUCAGCUACCUGAGGGGUUGCCUGCCUCACAGUUGAGGACGAAGAAGAAAUGUCCCAAUUUAAGUUUACAUAAUUUCAGGUGAACAUCUUGGUGGUUGCCACUUGCUCUUGUCUUGUUCUAGGGAUCUGCGGGGACUGGAAGAACCACCUGACAGUGGCACAGAGUGAACACUUUGACCGUGUUUACUGGGAGAACAUGCGUGGUGUGAAUAUGACUUUCCCUUGGGAAUGA